AUGGCACAUGUUUCUUCAGAAAUUCAUGUUUCUCCUCAAGAUGGAUCACAUGACUCAGAAACCUCCAUUCAAUCUGCAUUGUGUGAUCACACAUAUCCUGGGGACUUGGAGCUGAGGUCUAUGAUUGAAGAAUACGCAUUUCAGGCUUUGUGUGAAGAAACCUUGAUCGAAAGACCGACUUACACAUUCUGUGACUCCGAACAAGAUGAAGAUAAUGCUUUUUGUUCUAUGACCUUUCCCAGAAAACUGUGGAAAAUAGUUGAAAACGAUCAGAUUAAGUCUAUUUGGUGGGAUAAGAACGGAACUUCUAUAGUGAUUAACGAAGAACUCUUUAAGAAGGAAGUUUUGAAAAGAAAGGCCCCUUUCAGAAUAUUUAAAACUGAUAGAAUGAGAAGUUUUCUUUACCAGCUUAACCUUUAUGGAUUUAUUAAAAUGCAACAAAAUUUUCAAAGAUCUGCUUCUCUGGCUGACUUUCUGGCAGAAGAAAAAGAAGUCUCUAUUUUAAGCAAGUUACGGCUCUUUCAUAAUCCCAAUUUCAAACGCGGCUAUCCCCAACUUUUAGUAAGAAUGAAAAGAAGAGUAGGGAUUAAAAAUGCUUCUCCAGCUUCUUCAUUAUGUCAAGAUUACAAGAGGCACAUUGGAGCAGAGGGUAAUGUGGCUAAUAUGCCUCCUUAUAAGUAA